UGUUGUUGUUAAAAUGGCCCAUAAUACACUAGAAUGUGUUCCAAAUAUAUUUUAGCACCAUUAAAUACAUUACAUUGUAUCAGAUACAAUUACAUUCCAACUAUUUGAGAGAAAUGUAUGUCCAUUCUUAAGGCAAGGUCCUCACAUUGCGAUUGCUAUCUCGUACGGUGAGCUGUCCAACAGAAUAGAUGUGAGGAGAAGUUGACGAGCAUUAGCUAGCACUCGUCUCUUUACGGAGUCAACAUCUAUAGUUAUUUCCCGCUUGUUCCGUGUGUGGUGAAGGCAGCAGGAGACCAUGGACGUGGUCCGGGGGUUAUUGUGCCUGUUCUCGGUGCUGGUAUCUGAGAUGUUCAUGGUGGCCGCGUUCUCCCAGAGCAUGGACAGCGACUUCACAUUUACACUCCCUUCCGGACGAAAGGAGUGCUUCUUCCAGACCAUGAAGAAGGACGCAUCGCUGGAGAUAGAAUAUCAGGUGUUGGACGGAGCAGGUCUGGACGUUGACUUCAGCCUGUCCUCUCCUACUGGACACGUUCUGUACAGCGACCACCGCAAGUCAGACGGAGUACACACUGUAGAGACGGAGGACGGAGACUACAUGUUUUGUUUUGACAACUCGUUCUCGGCAGUAUCGGAAAAGAUAAUUUUCUUCGAGCUGAUCAUGGACAACAUGGAACAGGAAGGGUUGGAGCCAGAGGACUGGAAGGAGUACAUCCAUGGGACUGACAUGCUGGACAUGAAGCUGGAGGACAUCAUGGACACCAUCAACAGUGUUAAAGCCCGGCUGGGGAAGAGCCUUCAGAUACAGACGCUGCUCAAAGCCUUCGAGGCCCGCGACCGCAACAUACAAGAGUCCAACUACAACCGGGUCAACAUGUGGUCCAUGACCAACAUGCUGGUGAUGGUGCUGGUGACAGGGGUGCAGGUCUACCUCAUCCGCUCGCUGUUCGACGACAAGAGACACACACGCACGUAACAACCCGCCCACUGGGAGGGGUCGGGGAGGGACCGGCAGCUCUGUCUUGAUCAGCCAGCCAAUAGGGAGUGGGGACUGGUGGUGAAGAUGCAACUGUAACUCAUUGGUUUUUAUGUACAACAUGCACUCACAUUCAUCACACAUCCUUAGACACAAAUGACCUACCCAUCCAGUCUCUUCAUCUGCUCUGUCUAGCUGCCGGGGGACAUUAUUCGUAUCUGCUCUGUCUAGCUGCCGGGGGACAUUAUUCGUAUCUGCUCUGUCUAGCUGCCGGGGGACAUUAUUCGUAUCUGCUCUGUCUAGCUGCCGGGGGACACUAUUCGUAUCUGCUCUGUCUAGCUGCCGAGGGACAGUAUUCGUAUCUGCUCUGUCUAGCUGCCGAGGGACAGUAUUCGUAUCUGCUCUGUCUAGCUGCCGGGGGACAUUAUUCGUAUCUGCUCUGUCUAGCUGCCGGGGGACAUUAUUCGUAUCUGCUCUGUCUAGCUGCCGGGGGACAUUAUUCGUAUCUGCUCUGUCUAGCUGCCGGGGGACACUAUUCGUAUCUGCUCUGUCUAGCUGCCGAGGGACAGUAUUCGUAUCUGCUCUGUCUAGCUGCCGAGGGACAGUAUUCGUAUCUGCUCUGUCUAGCUGCCGAGGGACAGUAUUCGUAUCUGCUCUGUCUAGCUGCCGGGGGACACUAUUCGUAUCUGCUCUGUCUAGCUGCCGAGGGACAGUAUUCGUAUCUGCUCUGUCUAGCUGCCGAGGGACAGUAUUCGUAUCUGCUCUGUCUAGCUGCCGAGGGACAGUAUUCGUAUCUGCUCUGUCUAGCUGCCGAGGGACAGUAUUCGUAUCUGCUCUGUCUAGCUGCCGAGGGACAGUAUACGUAUCUGCUCUGUCUAGCUGCCGAGGGACAGUAUUCGUAUCUGCUCUGUCUAGCUGCCGAGGGACAGUAUUCGUAUCUGCUCUGUCUAGCUGCUGAGGGACAGUAUUCGUAUCUGCUCUUGUCUAUCUAAAAAUCAGUGGAGGGUGAGACACCAGCCAGACCUUCAGAGUCAUUGGCUUUUAAAAGCGAGCAUAACGAACAAGUGUUACCCAUUGAUAUGGUAAUGUUACCUCUCAACUUUGUCUUCCAGACACUGAGGUGAGACUGCCCUGUCUGUCACAUCUUUCAAUGUCUCCCAGUAUAUGAUCUGUAAGUCAUGUUGCCAAGCCUUUUACUGGAGUAGGUUGUUGAUAUACCUGUAGAGAUUUUGAUUUAGUAGUCUGUGCCAUACUACCAAAACGUUUGCCUUCCAAACCGUGGCUCGAGUGGACAGCAUGUGCACGCACACACACACUUUCACUCUUUCAGAUACUCACACAAUCUCUUACCCACACACGAACACAUUUCUUCAUAGAAACAUCUGUUGCCUGCCAGUGCCAGCCCUCCUUUCUGUGGCUGGCCUUUUGACUGCUUGGUGAGUAGAGUAGGGGAAAGGGAAUAGUUUAUUCCGUAACCCUCUAAAUCACUGCUGUACUCUUCCACUCCCUCCUCCUCCUGACUUCCACCUAUAACUCAUGUCCUGAUGGUCUAAUGUCAGACUUGGUGCCGACAGGAGAGUCUGGUUUCAGUCCUACAGACUGAUGAGAUGUGGAGUCCGCUCUGCCCCUCUCUUUUUCUCUAGUGACCACAUUCUAUUUCUAACAACCACACCCUGCACCUCAUUGGGGCAUGGAAGGUUUCUUGGAGAAGGGUUGCUUGGGACUGAAUGAGGUGGGGAGUGGUUGGGAGAUCCACUAAUUGACUUAUUUGGCUUUAUUUUGUAGGUUGUCCAAUAGUGUACAUGACAGAGCUACAAAUGUACACACGUGUGGUUGAUACACUGAUAUGUGCCAAGAUUUUGGAGCAGCCAAACAAGUUGUCUGAAUGCUCUCUAAAAUGCUCCCUAUAUUACAGAAAUGUUCCUAUAAAUACUCACUGUGCUGCUGUGUUGAGUAACACCACACCUCCAUCUUGUGGCUGGACAGUGAACUGCUCACAAUCUCACCUAUAGGACUGGCUUUAAAAAAAAUAUCUAUAUAUAUUUUUUUUAAUUGAACCUUUAUUUUUCUAGGCAUGUCAGUUAAGAACAUUAUUAUUUCCAAUGACUGCCUACUCCGGCCAAAUCCAGACAAUGCUGGGCCAAUUGUGUACCACCCUAUGGGACUCCCAAUCAUGUCCGGAUGUGAUACAGCCUGGAUUCAAACCAGGUACUAUAGUGAAGUCUCUUACACUGAGAUGCAGUGCCUUAGACCGCUGCACCACUCGGGAGCCCAGCUUUCAACCUAUCCCUGCUUUGAAAUAUGAAAUAUUACAGUGAUGCAGUAUCCACUCUUUGACAUUGAAAGAAUAACAACAUAAAAUUGUGAUGUUUGAGGGGUCUUGCAAUGUGCUAUUAUGAGCUCCCUCUCAUUUACAGCUACUCAAACCAUUGGGCGAGUUAGUUUUGCAUAGCAUGGUGCCCCGGAGGGGCAGAGUUUACGCAUUUUAGACCAUUUCAUUAGUCCACCUACACCGAGUCAUGCCAAAUUAACUCGCCCAUUGUAAUGGUUGUAUUGCCACUGCCUCUCUCUGCCCACCAUGGUCUGUCAUUAGUAUUUUAGCUGAUGCUCAAACAAGCAUCACAUUGGGUGAUUUUAAUAAGUGAAAUUAAGUGUUUAAAAUCCACAGAAUUUCACUGUUCUGCUCCAACCUUUUGUUCCUUUCUGAACAAGACAAUAUUAUAUUUUGAAGAACAGACUGAACUCUUACCUUACAGACAAGCUGUUUAGGAUGGUGUUAUUUUACUAAUCUGAUGGAACAAGGAGGAGAACAUAUUCUGGGAUAUUUAUCAGAAUGUUCUGUAGAUGUAAAUGAAACAAUCCUACUUCUACUUUUCUGAACAUGUCACGUUGUUUCCUUUGACUUCAAAUGGUUGGUAGGUUGGUGAGAAAUAAACUUUAUACAGAUCCA